AUGCCGGAGAAGAUGAAGUUCGAUGGUUCCAAAGAAGACAAAGAUUUGGGGUUGAAAACGGUUGAUCCUUUCGUUGCUCUUUAUUUGAUAUGCGGUUCCCCUGGCAGUCCACCCAUUACAGCACCCAGAAUAAAGCUUAGGGAUGGACGACAUUUGGCCUAUAAGGAGCAUGGUGUCCCCAAAGAAACGGCCAAAUACAAGAUUAUUUCUGUCCAUGGCUUUGCCUCUACCAGACAUACUCUGGCAGUUGUAGCAUCGCGGAUGGCUGAAGAACUAGGGGUGUACUUCGUGUCUUUUGAUAAACCAGGUGGUCUGGUGAUGCCUUUAAGUACAUACCUCACAGGUUGGCGGGAGCAACGUUUUGCUCCUGUAAUCAACUACUGGUGGCCUGGUUUCCCUGCAAUUUAUCCGCAGAAGCCUACUACCAGCAAUUUCCACAGGACCAGUGGGCUUUACGGGGUCGCUCACUUCAUCCCUUGGCUCACCUACUGGUGGAACACUCAGAAAUGGUUUCCUCCCUCUAGCGUUAUUGCUCAAAGGCUAAGUUUUCUCGCCAAGAUUUGCAACUUAUAUCCAAGUUUAGAGAAUCACAAAAUUCCAGGGUAA